UGGGUUGGGCACAACUUAAGCACCCUUAUACAUGUACUACCACAUGCUCUCACUUCCCGGCCGCUAUCCCUUUUCUCCUUACUGGCCUUGAGAGAAAGUGUAUAAAAGACAACAGGGGGGCGUAAAAGCCACUUUGCUGCAGAGUCCUUGGCAGCAAUCCACCCUCACACUGGGGUCUCCUAGCUCUGGGGACAAAUCUAGCUCAGUUCUCUCCACCAUGAGCCUCAGAUCCAGGGCCACCUCUGCUCCUGUCUUACAGGUGUUGCUGCCACUAUCACUGCUCCUGACUGCACUGGUUCCCUCCACCACGGGACAAAGCAAGAGGAAAUUAGAGGGAGCUAACGUUUCUAUCCCAGCUGAAAUUAAUUUGUAUGCUGAACUUCGCUGCCUAUGUGUAAAGACCUUCUCUGGCAUUCAUCCUAGCAACAUCCAAAAUUUGGAGGUACACAGGGCAGGACCCCACUGCUCCAAAAUUGAAGUGAUAGCCAAGCUGAAGAAUGGGAAGGAAAUCUGCCUGGAUCCAGAUGCUCCCAGAGUCAUAAAAAUACUCCAGAAAAUUUUGGAAAAUGAUAAGCCAGCUAUUUAAUCUGUUCACUUUCUAUCAAAACUUUUUAUCUCCCAGCAAGAGUAGGAGUUAGUAGUGUUUACUUUCUGGAGUUUUUAUUUAUCCAGGAUACCUAUUCAUACUGUAGUAAAUUUUGGAUAUGUUUUCCAUUCUGUCUCAAAAUGUCACAUUUUAUUCUGAGAAGGCUGGUUACUGAAUGACAGAGAGGAUGAAUGUAAGCAAGCCUGGUCUCAAAAUAUGACAUAUGGUUCACUCCCUCAUUCUUGGCUAACUGUGGUGCUAUGCUUUGUGUUUCUUUAUUUAAAAUUUUCUUUCCAAACACAUUUAUGUUCAUUCAUCUUGCUCUACUUUACUUUUAGACUAGCUGUGCCCUGGAUGAUGAACAGGUUCCAUAAUGGUCAAUGAUACUAGGAAUCACACAGAGCCCAACAAUAAAUGUUUGUUCAUAUAUUUAGGGAUUUAAUAGAGUUUUCCGUUGUCUUAGUCCUAGGAUGUCUUGUUUAAGAGAAUUCUCUGAAAGAUGUUUCUAAUGUUUAUUUUAGUUUUCAAAUCCUAAAUUAAAAAAAUUGUAGAAUGUAAAUUUUGUAAGCAGCGGUUAUUUAAAGUGAAUAUAUUUAAUACUAGUAAUUAAAAAAAGUGAUAAAAAGCCUUAUCAAGCUCUAUCAAAAUCUCCAGUAUUUUCAAUAAUAAUAACAAUAAUAAUACAGACUCUACUUGAUAUAAAAUGUUUUACCUUGGCAUGUUUGCACAUAUUUGCAUUUACUCACUAUUUGCAAGGUUACAAUUUUAGUAUUAAAAUCAGUCUUGCAAAUAAGUACAAUAAUUAAAACUUUACCAGACUACUAAUUAUUAUUUUAUAAUCAAUAGAACUUUCAUUUAUUUCUCAAUCCCUUAAACUUAGUCCCACACUAAUCUUACAGAACUACUAGCAUAAAAUCAAAAUUUGUUAUUACUUUGUUGCCAUAUAUUAUUAAUUUUAACAGAAUUGUUGGGGGGGUCCUAAAUUAUCCCUUUAAUUUUUUUACACUUUGGUAUUCACAAUAUGACCAACAAAAGUCACUAGUUGAUCAUCUGUUCCAUUUUUAAUGUAUUAGAAUAACAGCUAAACUUUAUGAAUAACUUUUUUUUUUUAAAUUCUCACCUGAGUAUUUUUCUAUUUAUCUUCAGAUAGU